AUGUACGUCUCCUCCCCCCGCCGCCGCCGCGCCCCAAACCCAAUUCGCAUCCGCCGCCACGCAAACAGUCCUCUCCUCGCCGGCCGCAGCCCCGCGCCCUGGACGCCAGACCACCCGGUUCCCCCGACCCCUUCGACAAUAGCGUCCCCGGACUCCGCCGAUACCCCGACGUUUCCCGUGAGCCCUCCAUCCGCGACAGUGUCGACAUGUAAAACGUUAUGGGAUACCGUUCUAGAGCGUACUCCCGAUGGAUCGUUCUCGGAAACAGCGUAUCGGGGUUGUGGAACGGAUCAGGAUUGGGGAAACAAGUCGCCGUACCCCUCGACGGAGGACUCGCCAGCAUCAACAUAUUGGGGGGUUGCCGAACUGGAGCGAACGAAAGAUAGCCCCGGCGCGGUGACGCCUGGUACCAGUAAGAGGAGGGGUGUCGAAGUUGAGGAGGAUUAUGUAUUCUCCUGGGUUGCCUGUUUCGCCGCCGCUGCGAUGGUGGAAGGGUGA